AUGGUAAAACUAAAAUCAAAAAAUAUGAAGAAAAAAGAAAAUAUUAUUGUGCCAUCUAAAAAAGAUGGGGCAGAUUUGUUAAUAUUACCACCUGUUCGUAUGUCAGACGAUCCGGCACCGAAACAGACGAGGUGGAUCAAUAGGCAAAGAGUUUUAGUCUUCGCUGCACGUGGUAUAAAUCAUCGUCAUCGUCAUCUGAUGGAAGAUAUUAAGAAACUGAUGCCACAUCACAAAACAGAAUCUAAAAUGGAGAGAAGUAAAAACUUGUAUGUGGUCAAUGAAAUCAGCGAAAUGAAGAACUGCAAUAAAUGCAUACUCUUUGAAGGCAGGAAAAUGAGGGAUUUGUAUAUGUGGAUGGCUAACAUUCCCAAUGGUCCUAGUGCAAAAUUUCUAGUUGAAAAUAUUUACACAAUGGGGGAACUGAAAAUGACAGGCAAUUGUCUGAGAGGUUCCAGACCUCUUUUAUCAUUUGACCCAAUGUUUACAAAAGACCCACAUUAUGCCAUACUAAAGGAACUACUGGUGCAAAUAUUUGGUGUGCCCAACCACCACCCCAAAAGCCAGCCAUUUUUUGAUCAUGUGUACACAUUUAUGAUACUUGAUAACAGGAUUUGGUUUAGAAAUUAUCAAAUUUUAUCUGAAGAUGGUGCCCUUGCUGAAAUUGGACCAAGAUUUGUUUUGAAUCCUGUAAAAAUAUUUUCUGGAUCAUUUGGUGGUGCAACACUGUGGGAGAAUUCUAAGUAUGUUAGUCCAGCCAAAUUAAGACAGGCAGCUUCCAAAAAGGCUAGCAACAAGUAUGAAAACAGAAUUGAAAAGAAAGCUGUUUAUGAAGCCACUAAACCAGAGACUGGUUAUCCAGACAUAGAAGGUGCUGACUUCUUUAAAGGAGAUGCUAUGGAAAAAGCACAAGAAGUGGUCAUUAAAGAAGAAGUAGAUGCUCAAUCCAUGGAGGAAGAAAGUGAUGUCAGGUCAAGACCAACAAAACAAAAACCAGUGUUUAGUAUGAGACUCAAAACAAAGCCAGACAAGACUAUCAGACGUAAACAACUUAAAGCUAAAAGUAAGGCAAUUUCAGACCAAAUUAAGAAGCGUAAGCAGUUUAAAAAGAAAAAACCCAGUAAAAGUUGA